AUGACGACGAUGCUCAGAAUAUCACAACUAAUGGAGCCUUCGGAGCCAUCAGAAGGCGGAGCCUGGGGACCGCAUAAGGUGUCUGAAGUCGUGGCUGCCACCGACUCUGUAGGUUUCUUCAAAGAACAGGGUCUUUUCUAUCAAGAGGAUGCCACAGUCGGAGCCAUAGUAAACGCCUUGGAUGCGCAGGGUUUGUCCGGUACCAACGAGGGGUUUAAGUUCUUCACGGGAUACUUGUUCGGGGAUGCGCGUAUUCGGCCGAUACUCGAACCAUAUCUGAAGCAUCCGAAUCCACAAUCGAGUUCAAUAUUCAGUGCUGACCCGGGACAUACCUUUGCUUUCUCGACGGCCCCAGAAGAGGCUGGACGUGUGGUUAUACAAGUUUGGAGCACUGGCUCACGAAUGGAAUUUUAUGAGAAAUCUCAUGCCAAAAAAUUAAAAGGCUUCCUAAGCGCAAAUGGGCUACUGGAAAUAACUAGGGCUUCACUGAAAAUGAACGGCUGUGACUCCAUUUCUGUUCGCAUGGAUAAAGGCGGAAUCGCGAUUCUCCACCCGAAGCUGGCGUUUCAAAUCCUCGAAGGAUUUACGAACACUUAUGGUGUGCAAAUACCGAUGGUCAGACAAGACGACAGCGAAAGUGCGAAAGAAAGUUGA